AUGAAGACUUUCGCGUUGCUCUCCGACCUGGUUCUCCUGUGCGCAAUGCUCGCCAUAACCGCGACGCCUGUGGCGGAUGCGAACGCAGUUUCUGAGUCAGAUCCCGCUCCUGCUGUCUUCGAGCGGCGCUUCCCUGCUCUCAUUAGUGGGGACAGGCGCAUUCUGACCGACGACAAGCACGACGACCACAAAGACGAUCAUCGCGACGGCAAACACGACGACCACCACGACGACCAUCACCACGACAACAAACACGACAAAAACAAAGACAAUGACGACGAGCCGACGUGCAUGGAGAAGUACAAGAAGCGCUACGCCGAGUGCGACAAGGACGAGAAGAAAUGCGAGGACAAGGCCGAGUGCAACGACGACAAGGACACGUGCGAGAAGAAGUCCAAGGCGUGCGAGGUGAAGGCGUAUAGGAGCUUUAAGGCGUGCAAGUACGGCAAGUGGGACUGUACGGACUGGUGUGAGUAUUACAGGCGCCAGUGCUAUUCCAAGAAGAGGGGCCACUGCGAGGACAAGUAUGAUGACUGCAAGGACGACUGCUAA